AUGGACCAAGUCAGCCUGGUCAAGUACAACAUCAGCGCGUCGGCGCUGGUGACGUACCUGGACGGCAUCUUUGGACGCAACAAGUACGGUUGGAAGCCUAUCAAGGUCGGCGCGAGCACCAUGUACGAGGUCACUGCGGCGAGAAAGUUGUCCGUCUCUGAGCACGGCGAGAUCAAGCAGCGCUCGGGGGUCACGCUGGUGGAUGCGUGGUGA